UUAGGGUAAUAUAUUUACGAGUUAUUUUCAUGUUCUUGAGUGCGGUACUGCCGUUGGUAUAACUUAUAUGUGGGUGUCUCAUGUAAGUCUGUUUAUGUAUAUGCAUGCAGGGACUGAGAGAUUUAUCGUGCGAAGGAUCUUUGAUCAGAGUAAAGAGGAUGGGACAAGUUGAUGAAAAACCUUUUAUGAAAGUAUGCAAACAGAAAUUCAUUGACGAAAACGUUGAGGUGGAAUACGCCAUGCUUUGCUCAAAAUGGCAGAAUGCCCUCAACGACUCAGCAUGGCACCCAUUUAAACGAGUGGGGACUGGAGAAAAUAUGAAGGAAGUUGUGGAUGAUGAAGACGAGAAACUUAAGAGUUUGAGAGAAGAGUGGGGAGAAGAUGUGAAGAACGCAGUGAAGACAGCACUCGAGGAGAUGAACGAGUUUAACCCAAGUGGCAGGUAUAUAGUUCCUGUACUGUGGAAUUUUGAACAUGGGAGAAAAGCCACACUCAAAGAAGGUAUUGCUCACAUGACUCAGCAGAUCAAAAAUCUCAAACGUAACCGAACCUAAAAGGUAUGUACCAUAGCUUUUCAAAUUAAUCUAACCUAGGUUUAAGGCUAUACACAUUAAUAUAUGUAUGCGUCAGUUUCAUUCUAUGUUUUUAGCUUUGAAUAAAAUGGUUUUGUAAAAUAUAAAUUAAAUGAUGAUUCUAAGCGCUCGUGUUCUUGUGUUACAGGGAGCAGGAUGAUCAAUGAUGGAUGUAAGAUUGGUUAUUAACUAUUUUUUGUAACUGAUAAGUAAGCAGCUAUGUGUUGUUUUUAAAAGGAUUGUUAUUUGCUUCUCGGUGUUUCUCAUUUUGCAUUUUAAGCAAUCUAAACCCCUGGAAUGUACUCUUUUGAAACUUUGCUACAUUCCUACUAAUAUUAACUAUUUUCUUAUCCUUCUCCAGCUCUUUGGUUUGGUGACAUGUUUAUCUUUUGUGUCUUGUAAAUGAAAACCAACGUUAGGGUAACUAAAUUACAUGUUUUAUGUAUAUAAUGUCUUUACUUAAAUCAUCUUCUU